AUGUCAUUGAAUGGGCUCGAUACUGCCCCCGUCGUCGAAGCAUACCAGAGUGCCCUGGCCGACGCGGGUGGGUGGUUCCUACUGCACUAUGUGGCCAGAGAUGAAGUCGCCCUGCAUGCACGAGGCACGGGCGGGGUCCCCGAGGUUCGCAAUGCCAUUGAAGCCUACGAGGAAUGCUCGCCCCUCUACGGCUUCCUCCAAUAUCGGCGACGCAAGGUGAUCAUACGGUACAUGCCGGAGGGGCUCUCUCGCCUGAUCUUAGCCCGAAGCAAUGUUCAAUUCCAAUCCGUCACCGAUAAGUUCACCCCAAAUGACACCGUCCUCCCGUUGUCCAAAGCCUCCGAUCUCUCCGAAAGCGCCUUGUCAUCCGCAUGUCUUCUCCACACGGCCUCGACCUCAAUCACCUCCUCCUCGAGUUCGCUCCGCCGCCGCCGGUUGAUGGAAAUCACGGAAGAUGCCGAGGAAAAUGGCACCAAGGAGGAGACUACACCGGUUCCACCGACCCGAUCCGAGGCCCGUCCACGGUCUGGAAGUAUCAGAUCGGAAGCCACCUUAGUGCCGCCCAGUGAACCGCCGGUGGAGUUGCCCCCGACAUCACCGACAUCACCAGAAAGCGAACAAGCGCCAGUGAACUUCCGAUCACCGCCAUCGAGGGCGGGCUCCAUAGCUGCAACCUCGCCAGAGAUCCCCAGUGACACCCAAUCCGUCAAGUCGCCCAAGUCUGUCGACUCGGAUCGUUCCAGGUCGCAGUCGCGACCCAGAUAUCGCAACAUCCUGGAUGAAUUCCCCCGUCCCUCGGAGGACGCCCGCAUGUCGACUCAAUCCGCCCGCCCUUCGCUUCAAGAAUUGGAACGGGCCGCGGGCUUUACCCCCAAGGUCAAGCUGGGACCCCGACCCUCCGUAGACAGCAAUGGGAGGCCCCGCACAUCUGGCAGCUCUCGGAACCAGGACCAGCGGCCUGUUGCUUCUCUCCCGACAAACAUGCGCACUUCUUCUGUCCGAAAGGCCAAUGCCGACGCCCCACGCCCUCGAUCUCAGGGGAGUACAUUUGCGACUAAACCUACUAGCCGACUCCCGCCGGUUCCACCCCUCCUGGUCCCACCACCCUCUAUCCCUAUUUCGAGGCCCCAGCUUUCCCCUGGCGCUAAAUCCUUAGGGGCGUUGUCAUCGUCCUCGGGCUUGACACCCGAGAAAGAGCGAUUGAUGAAGGCUCUGCAGCAGCGAAAGAAGAAUAUGGCCAAGCGUGCAGAAGAAACCAAGAAAAAGCAAGCUUCGGAGAAAGCAGAGUCCAAGCCCCCAGCGGAAACCGUCCAAGAUCAAGACGAAAAUAAGGAGAAUAUCAUCAUUCAGUAUGCGGACCCUGAACUAGACAUCCCUGAGCCAAAGACCAUUCUACAAGAACCCCCAGUACCUGAGAUUUCUUUGGAUGCCAAAUCUGAGCCUGUUCCUCAGUCUGCCCCUGAAUCUGAUACUCCAUCUGCUCCGCAAUGUGACCUGGACUCGACCCCCGAGGCUGUUGGGUCAAUUUCCGAACCAACUAUCGAGCCGGUCUCCGAACCUGUCGUCGAUUCGCCACCUGCGCCUGUCGAAAGCACUGAGCAUACUGAAGCUCCCGGGUCACCCCAGCCAGAGCCCGUUGUCGACUCUCGUUCGGUCGAGCAUAUCGCUGAACCCUCAGAGACCGUUCAGGAGGAAAUGACGCCGACAACCCCUGAAGGUGAAACGCGCACAGAGCACCAGGAACCCGCAAUCCAUGACCUUGCCCCACCUACCUUGAAUGAUGAAGUUCCACUUCAAAACCAAUUAGCCGCCCCGCAAUCAGACUCAGAGAACGUCCCUGGAACACAUUUCGAAAUUCCACCCGUCGCACCCGUGCCGACUGAGGAACCUUUGGAUCAACCUGCUGCGGAAGACGUUUCUGAAUCGAUCCCCCAGCCUGCCACUCCCUCCGUUACACCCCCAGACAGCACAGACAUCGAAGAUCACGCUGCCCCUAUUCCCGCCGCCGAUUACCCAAGCCCAGCGAACGAGUCGAUAUCUGAAUAUACCUCUGCUUCGAAGAGCGAAUCUUUGCCUUUGGAUCAAAGACGCAAGGUCCACCUAGAGCCAAUUCAGGUGCCCACACCCGACUACUCGGAUGAUGACAACCUCCUUUCCGACGACUCGUUCAUGGAAGAAUUAACCUCAGCGACGGUUCAAGAGGCCAGGCCGGUGUCCGUGAAAUCCCCCAACGGCGGCGAUCAGUCUUGGAAGAGCUCGCGGGCGGUUUCGAGCCCGUAUUCCACGGGAUCCCCAUCGGCCAUGCAAACUCUGGCCGUUGGUCGAUCAAGCUCAUCCACAUACCCGGAGAACGGCCCCCCUACACCGGUCCUGAUGGCCAAAAAGAUCAACGUCUCUUCCGGUAUCUCCAGCCGCAUCAAGGCACUUGAAAAGUUCUCGAGCCGCGAAGGCACCCCUAUGAGCGCAAGUCCUGCCCCAAGCGCACCAUCAGCCGCUUCAUCUUUCGAGAACCUUCGCAAACGCGCAUCCAUCUCUCUGCCCAGUGGCAGUCAGGAUAUCACACCACCGGGCACUCGACACUCUGCCACCCCCGACAGCGCCAGUCGCCAUGAUCGCCGUAUCUCCGUUGAUGCCAUGCGCCGUGCUAAUUCGGUUUCCGUGACCGCUCGGAUUGUCCGUGAUGCCGACGCAUCUCCCGGUUCUUCGGGACUCGAGCCCUCCGAGUCCGAUGUGCUCAAUCUCCAGGCCAGCCCGCUGACUGUGGAGCACGGGAACGUCACAGAAUCUCCUUCUCGGUCCCCCAGUGCUGAGCCCACCAACCGGGCCCUGGACCGGAGCAUGUCAAUGUCAUCCAAUGGAUCGGGUCUUCAGACGUCUUCCCGCCCGCCCAGCCGUCUAUCCAUCUCCUCGCGUUCUCGCACAGAAGAGAAUAUCAACUCUACAUCUCCCACAUCCGAAGACAAGCGCGGGUCCCGCGCGUCGCGCCUCAUGCGCCGUGUCUCAUCGAUCACAUCCACAUCCCGCCGCAGCAUCAUCGGUGCCCUCAGCUCACCAGUCAAGGAGGAGGAGUACGCUCCUACAUUUGAAAACGGCUCCACCGACGCAGCCGGAUCCACCGGCUCGCGCGCCUCGGAGCCCGUUGACAUUGGUGAGGUGAACGUUCAGUUCCCUGAGACCCUCCUUUGGAAGCGCCGGGUGAUGCGCAUCGACGAAGACGGAUAUGUGGUUCUCACCCCGGGUACUAAUGAUGCCAGUGCUCGAAACAUGACCAAGCGCUACCAUCUCACCGAGUUCCGCACUCCUUGUCUGCCCGACGAAGACAUGCAGGAACUCCCCAAUAGCAUCCUGCUUGAUUUCUUGGAUGGCAAUACGCUCCAAUGUGCCUGCGAAUCGCGACAGGGACAGGCCUCUGCUCUGACUGCUCUUGUCGAAGCACACAGUGCCCACAAGCAAUAA